AUGGACUUCGGGGACGUUAACGGUGGAUUCGGCGACGAGAAGAAGCCUCGCCCUCUACCGGCUGACUUGCCCAAGUCUCUUGACGAUCGCAGUCAUCGUCCCCGUGAAUUAGUACCGGAGACGGAGAUGUAUGAUGGCUGGCAGGGACAAUCACAGUUUCUGACCUCGCCAGUUCUUGCAAAGCCCCUCAACUUUGGCAACCUCAGCUUAGACGACCCCGCAUACGAUGAAGACAUAACGUCAGGCCCAAAGAACAGCGACGCACGCUUAAUGGAAAUGAUAGCUGCCCAGGCGGCCCAUCGGGUCGGCCCAGGCUUCGAUGACGAGAAUACGAUAUUAAAAGACGAAAAGCUAUCCGAGGACGAGAAGAAGGAUCUCUUGCAAAAGGCACUGAACAUGGCUGCGAGCAACGGCGACGUCGAGAGAAUUGGCAGCAUUUUGAGUGGCAAGGCAAGAGAAUACGUCGACAUCAACGCGCCGGACGAAGACGGAACACCCCCACUCAUAUAUGCGAGUUGCUUUGGCCAUGAAACCGUAGUACAAGCUCUCAUCGAUGCUGGCGCAGACGUCGACAAGCAAGACCGGAAUCAGUGGAGCGCUCUUAUGUGGGCAAUGACAAACCGGCAUAAGAGCAUUGCUAAAAUCCUCCUCGACAAUGGUGCGUCGGCGGAACAAAAGACAUCGUCUGGAAGGACGGCCUUCGAUUUUGUGCCUCCGGACAGCGACAUGUCUUUCUAUCUCCACGACAGCGGCUACAACAUUGGCAAUGCAGGAACCGACGACUUUUACAACCCUGGAUUCUCUCAAGAUCGUUUCGAGGAGGAAAUGGCCGAGAACGAGCUACGGAGACGAAUGAUGAUGGACAGUGCUCGUGAUCUUGAAGUUGAUCUGGGCAACGUGGGCAUGGACGACCAGCCAGAGCCUACCGAUGAGUUCGAGGAAGAGCAGCCCGAGUUCGACUGGUCCCGCUGCUUGCACGACCAAAUGUUUGUAUUCCAAGAACACGAGCUCGACCGCAUACUAGACAUUGUAAUCACCAAAAUGACACCUCAACGGUCACCUGCACAAAAGCCAGUGCCCGCGAACAUGAUAUUCCUUAGUGCGAGAUACGCGCACUACCAUUCUAGCCCCGACCUGCUAGCGAAAUUGAUGAUCUCGGCCAUGGACAAAAUCAACGAUGUCGUCGAGCAGUAUCAGUGGGACAUGACGAUACUGGCUUUUUGGAUAUCCAACGCAACUUUGUUGCUUCACUAUCUCAAGAAGGAUGCCGGGUUGGUGGAAGCUACAGUUGAGUUCCAAGCUCAGCUCUCUGAAUUGGUCAACGAGAUCUUCAUCCUUAUCGUCAGAGACGCUGAAAGAAGACUGGACAAGGUGCUCGAUGCAGCCAUGCUGGAUCAUGAAACGAUUCCUGGCUUCGAGGACAUUGCCUUCCAGAACGAAUGGAGGAUAUUCAAGCGAAAGGCGCAAGUCAAGGAAGAGCCACUCGAAAAACGAUUUCGGCCGCCGUCCCCAAAACAGCGUGCGAAGCCCGCUCCGCGCAACGUCACUUCUCUACUGUCAUCCACCUUGUUCGUGCUUGAUUUGUAUGACAUUCACUCAGUUAUUACGGCGCAAAUCAUCUCUCAACUCUUAUACUGGCUCGGGGCGGAACUUUUUAAUCGCAUCAUGUCCAAUCGAAAAUACCUUGCGAGGACGAAAGCGAUGCAAAUUCGAAUGAACGUCUCGACAUUGGAAGACUGGGCUAGAACCAACAAUCGACAGCCCGAGCAUUAUGAAGGAGGCGAAACCAGAUCGUCUGGUGAGACGACAGUGGACGCAGCGAGACGGCAUCUAGCCCCUGUGAUUCAAUUGCUACAAUGGCUGCAGUGCUUCUCAUCGCUCGGUGCUGACGACCUCGAGGCCCUCGUUGGCACCUUACAACAGCUUAAGAGACUCAGCCCGCAGCAGCUCAUCCACGCGGCGUCACACUACAGACCAGAAGUCGGCGAGAAAGGACUGCCCAAGAGCGCGCUGAAGUAUCUCAAUGCGAUUCAAGCAGAGCAGGUGCGUAGGAAGGAGGACCGCAAGAGCGCUCCUUCGACGCCCACAAAAGCCAAAGACGCGAACGGUGGCAUUGCAGACACUCCUGGUAGCAAGAUAGCCAAGACACCCGGCGGAGACGAGAGCGAGGAGGAGGAUGACGCACCAGAGAACCUUUUGCUGGAUCCAGCUUUGAUGCUGCCGUUUACACUCCCAUCGGUGACGGACAUGCUCGUCUCGUACGGAGCCGGUUUUGGAGGUGUCAACAGGGAGCGGGCGCGCAAGUACAUUCCCACUGUCCCGCCGGAGUUCUUAUCGAAGCUCGAGGCCAGCGGCGCACGCAAGGGACCAAUGUUCAGCGAGAAGGAUUGGGAGAAUGAGGAGGUUUGA